AUCCCGCUCUCACACACACACACACAAACACUCCCCUUACUCGUUCCUCCCACGCAUCAUCACAUCACAUUCUUCAAACUCAAAACAAAGAUUUUUACAUUUUUCCCAAAAAAAAUUCCUAACUUUGCAUUAAUUGAAUUGAAAUACUCCAUAACAAAGAAACCCAAAAACCAAACCUACCCUACACACAACAACGACCACUUUAUCUUAUUUAAUCACAACCCUUAACAUAUCUUUCCAUUUUCAUCUUCCCUCAUUACUCAUUACCAUUUACUUCACACACACACAACACAUAACAAAAAAAACCCUUUUUUUCCUUUUUUUUAUGUAACUGUUUCCAUAAUAUCAAUUUAAUUCCAAUUCCAACGUUACCCUUUUGGAUAAAUGUACUCUAAGCACUGAAAAGUUUCAAUCUUUACUUGUUUUGAUUGAAUAGAGAAAAACCCAGAUGGAUUUUUCUUCGUUUUGUACCUCUCUUGGUACUUCAUUUGUGAUAUUUUUAGUUUUGAUGAUUUUGUUUGCUUUGUUACAAAGUAAACCUGGGAACAAUGUGGUGUACUAUCCUAAUAGGAUCUUGAAGGGUUUAGAUCCAUUUGAAGGUGGUUCUAAGACACGUAAUCCUUUCUCUUGGAUUAAGGAAGCUUUUUCUUCUUCUGAACAAGAUGUUAUUGCUAUGUCUGGUCUUGAUACUGCUGUUUUCUUUGUCUUUCUCAGCACUGUAUUCAGUAUCCUAGUUAUAUGCGGCAUUAUUCUGCUACCGGUUCUUCUGCCUAUUGCUGUAACUGGUGGUGCUGGAAAGAAACUAACAACUAGCGAAGGGACUUUCAAUGAACUUGACCAGUUAUCGAUGGGAAACAUCACAGCAAAGAGUGUAAGGUUGUGGGCAUUUUUUAUCGCCUGCUAUUUUGUUUCGCUUGUUUCGUUGUUCCUCUUAUGGAAGGCUUAUAAACAUGUGUCAUGGCUGCGAACGAAAGCUUUCAAGUCUAUUGAUGUAAAGCCUGAACAGUUUGCGAUAGUUGUGAGAGACAUCCCUCCUGUUCUUGACGGUCAAACUAGGAAGGAACAGGUUGACUCUUAUUUUAAAGCCAUAUAUCCCGAGACAUUUUACAGAUCUAUGAUUAUAACAGACAACAAAAAGGUGAACAAGAUUUGGGAGGAGUUGGAAGGGUAUAAGAAGAAGCUUGCCCGUGCCGAAGUAGUAUACGCAGGUUCAAAAACAACUGCCAAGCCAGAAGGCACAAGACCAACCAACAAGACUGGCUGCCUUGGACUUAUUGGUAAAAAGGUGGAUAGCAUAGAGUACUGCAAUGAAAAGAUUAAUGAAUUGGUUGCGAAAUUGGAAUCCGAGCAAAAGGUUACUCUCAGAGAAAAGCAACAGAAUGCUGCUAUUGUCUUUUUCUCAAACAGGGUGAUUGCAGCAUCUGCAGCUCAGAGUUUACAUGCACAAGUGGUUGAUCAUUGGUCAGUUUUCGGUGCUCCUGAACCCUGUCAACUACUAUGGCCUAAUUUGAAAAUCAAGUAUUUUCAAAGAGAACUGAGGCAGUACUUGGUGUAUUUCAUUGUUACACUCGCCAUAUUCUUUUACAUGGUUCCCAUCACAUUUGUAUCUGCAUUUACAACUUUGAAGAGUUUGGAGAAACUUCUCCCAUUCAUAAAGCCAAUAGUGAAGAUUAUAACUUUGAAGACAGUGUUGGAAGCUUAUCUCCCUCAACUUGCACUGAUCAUUUUCUUGGCUAUGCUACCCAAGUUGCUUAUGUUUUUGUCUAAAUUAGAAGGCAUUCCAACUGAAAGCCAUGCGGCCAGGGCAGCUUCUGGAAAGUAUUUUUAUUUUACGGUGCUGAACGUUUUCAUUGGAGUUACUUUAAGUGGAACCUUGUUCGACACAUUCAAGAGAAUUCAGAACAAACCAAAAGAUAUUGUGCCCGUGCUAGCUGAAAGUCUCCCAGGCAGAGCUACUUUUUUCUUGACCUUCGUCGCAUUGAAAUUUUUCGUUGGAUAUGGCCUUGAGCUGUCCCGAUUAGUUCCUCUAAUUAUCUACAACUUGAAGAAAAAGUUUCUUUGCAAGACUGAAGCUGAGUUGAAAGAAGCUUGGGCUCCUGGAGAUCUUGGUUAUGCAACAAGAAUCCCCGCUGACAUGCUGAUUGUCACAAUUGUUUUAUGUUACUCUUGUAUUGCUCCUCUUAUCAUCCCAUUUGGUGCUCUAUAUUUCGGCCUAGGAUGGCUCGUACUACGAAAUCAGGCACUGAAAGUGUAUGUACCAAGAUAUGAAAGUUAUGGAAGAAUGUGGCCUCACAUAAACAACCGUAUACUAGCAUCUAUGGUAUUGUACCAAGUAACCAUGUUUGGUUACUUUGGGGUGCAGCAAUUCGUCUAUGCACCAUUGUUGAUUCCUCUUCCCAUAUUGACGGUAUUAUUUGGUUUCAUAUGUUCAAAGAAGUUUUAUCCAUCUUUUCAACAUCAGGCGCUUGAGGUUGCAGCUUCAGAAGUCAAGGAAGUUCCAAACAUGGAAUUGAUUUAUAGGUCUUUCAUUCCACUAAGCUUGAGUUCUGAGAAGAUUGAUGACGACCAGUUUGAAGACGCGCGGUCUGAAGUUUCGAGACAAACAUCAUUUGUUUGAUGUAGUUUUAGUUAUAGCAGUCAUUUAGUAAUAUGCUUUUAGAUAUUUUAUUUUAUUAUUAAUUGUUGAUAACAAGAUUUAGGAAUCAGGGACUGUUUGUGAAUGUCAUUUAUGCAAGGUGAGAUUUGUUGGUUUGGUAAUACUACUAUUAUAUAGUGUUUGUGAAUGUCAUUAUGCUUGUAAUGGUUGUGUAAUGGUUGUGAAGUGUUUUCAUGUUCUCUAUAUUUCAAAGUUUCCUUCUGAACUUGACUCA